GGGCGCGCUCACAGUAAAUGAGGAGGACGCGCGAGGUGAAGGAGGAGAAGGAGGAGGAGAAGUUUUGUGGAGACGAUAAAGUGACCAGCUGUGACCCGGAGACGUGAAACUCUUCAGUCUAAAGAGGUUUGUGCUGAAUCCCCGUGAUCGACCAAUCACCUCCCUUCUGUGUGACCUCACCAGUGUACCUCCUCAUAUUGAUCAGGUCAUUGAUCUGCCAGUCAGUGAUCCUGGACUUAUGAUCACCGCCUGAACAACGAGACUCUGCUGCUGGAAAACUGAUUCCUGUUAUUGAUCGCUGAGUCAGAGCAGUCGACACCUAGUGAAGGAGUAUUUAUGAAACCCAAACCUCCAGAGACACUGAAGCUUUGGUUGUCUAGUUCAGCUCAUUUUUAUUGGUCAGCUGACUCAUUACAAAGCCUGUGAUUGGUUGGUGAAUCAGAGAAACUGCUCCUUAUUGGUCAGAGGAUCCAGCCAACCGACCGAUGGCAGCGUCAGAACUGAUCCAGGGCGAUGACGACAUCCGCCCCCAUGUGGAAGUUAACGUGACCACAACGGAUCCUAACACACCUCCGAGGGUUGCCAACGGUAACCCGCCCCGCCACGCCUCCUUAGCACCAAACGCCACCGACGCCCAUGACGGCAAGAAGAAGCAGGAGUGCAGCAAACUGAGCAGCCUGUUGAAACAGAACCAGCUGAUCCACUCCCUGAGCAGCGGACUGAGGCGACACUGCGACUACGUCAAGAUCACCGUGCCCGAGGAGCGCGCCAACCGCCUCCCCAAGGAGUGGUGGAAGACAGGCGUGGCGUUCCUCUACGCCCUGUUCAACCUCGUCUUCACCACCGUCGUCAUCACCAUUGUCCACGAGCGGGUGCCGGACAAGUCGGUGAGCCCGCCACUGCCCGACAAGUUCUUCGACUACGUGGACCGAGUUCCCUGGGCCUUCACCGUCACCGAGGUCAAUGGGCUGAUCCUGGUCGGACUCUGGCUCGUCCAGUGGAUCUUCCUCAAACACAAAGCCAUCGUGGGCCGCCGCUGUUUCUUCCUCAUCGGGACGCUCUACAUGUAUCGCUGCGUCACCAUGUACAUCACCACCCUGCCAGUGCCUGGAAAACACAUGGUCUGCGCUCCGAAGCUGUACAACGACUCCACGGGGAAAAUCUGGAGGAUUUUGAGGCUGAUCUCAGGAGGAGGUUUGUCUCUGACUGGAUCUCACCUGAUGUGUGGUGACUUCCUGUACAGCGGUCACACCGUCAUGUGCACACUGUCCUACCUCUUCAUCAAAGAGUACUCUCCUCGGUGGAUGUGGUGGUAUCACUGGUUCUGCUGGUUGCUCAGCGCCUCGGGAGUCAUCUGCAUCCUCAUCGCUCACGAGCACUACAGCAUCGACGUGGUGAUCGGAUACUUCGCCACCACCAGGAUCUUCUGGUGGUACCACACCAUGGCCAACACACAUGCGCUGCGUCAGGCUCCGAACAACUACCUGUCCAGGACGUGGUGGAACCCCAUCUUUAACUUCCUGGAGAAGAACGUUCAGACGACGGUUCCCAUCGUGUUCGCGUGGCCGGUGGCGCUGCCGUCCUCCUGCAGACAGCGGUACAGGAUGGUGGAGGGCGGCAGGGACGAGUGAGGACAGGUGGGGGAGGAUGGGGGACGGAGGUCGGGGGAGGGAAGACAAUCAACCUGAGCUGAAACAUAAUCUGUCCUGACUCCUGGAUGAGAGGACGUUUAACAUGGGUUUAUUUAUUAGAGGCAGUAUUUCCUGCUCUCUCCUGCGUACGGAGGAAGACACUGACAGGAGGACAUCACGUUUACAUUGUCGUCAGCGCCUGGUAUUUAUUAUCGGCGUGUUUAAUCCCCAAAUGUGUAACAAUGCAGUUCAUCUUCCUCCAGAAACUAAACCGACAAGUUCAGACACAGGUGUGUGAACAUACAGAGGAGGUAUGAAGACGUACUGUCGACUUAAAGUCACAAGACGUUUGACAGUUAGUUUCAGUGCCGGAUGCUUCUUACUCGCCGUCCUCCAUCAGAUCUUUGGAAACAUCAGAUUUCUCUGCUACUUGAUUUUUCUGUUUUGUUGCUGGGAGGUGUAAACACUGUUGGGUUUUCUUGAGUUGUUCGCAGCAGGUUACGAGGCGAGGCUUCGGCGUUUUCACUGACAUGAUGUCGAUGUUUGCAGCGCGUUAAAGUGUUUGAGCGUUCAAGUAAAAACACUUUAUGAUACAGUUUUAUUCUGGCUUUCAUUGGACGUUCCUCGCCGUGCUUCUUUGUGUCUGCAGCACAUUAUUUUUGAUCCAUUCACGACACUGUUUGAUCUAAUUUAAGGUUCCAGGUGCCAUAGAAGUUUCCAAACGUGCCAGUAUAACUAAACUACCAAGCUAGAAACUGUCUGGGAGUGCGUCUAUGUGGACAAGCAGCUGUGACACCAGUGUUAUCAUUCACACACCUGCCUGUGUUAAGAAAUAUUUCCACUAGGAGGCAGAUUAGAGCCGAAUCAUCCUGAUUCACGACAGAAUAUCUCCCAGGAGAACUUCCAGUUUUGCAGAAACAGAAUAAAACAUGGUGAUAAAACUCUGGUUUACUUUUUUGACUGUUUCAGCGUGUCCUGCAGAAUCACCUGAAAAGCUCAGCGUGCUAACAUGAAGAAGUUUGGGCAGCAAAACAGCAGAAAAUGAAAAGUUAUCUCAUUGUUUUCUCACCCAAAAAUGUCUGAUACUAAUAUGAAGACAAAACCUGAAUUUCAGUGCCAGUACCAAAAAAGAAAAGAUACUUUUACGUUUUUUAUUUGACACAAGAAGCCAAUUGUUGUGAUGACGUUCUGUAGUCUCAUUGAGACACUUUUUUUAAGACACAUAAAAGCUUCUAAAUUCACAGUGGCGUAUUUACGGACGUGUUCUGUGUCGUAGAACAAGCUUGUGUUAAUCACAGACCUUAUUUCAGACAUGUAACCAAAAACACACUGACUUUGAGACGAGGGAACAGUGAGUGCUAACAUGCUAACAUGCUAACUCAUUUCCGGGUUUUAUGACUUAUUUCUAUGGCAGUCGAUUAUUUAUUUUUGGUUAAUAAAUUAGCUAAAAUGUUUGACCAAAGCUAAACUGCUCACUAACUAAUCUUCUUAAGACUAACAUCAGUUGGGGCUAAAUUAUUUUGGAAGUGAACGAUUGCGUCACUGAAUUGGGUGCAGUUAGCUACACUUUAGCGCAUUAUCAUAAACAGUUGUUUUAACAGUAAUGGAACCGAACUAAAAACAUCCAAAAUAUCCACAAACCACAACUGUUAGAUCUCCUAGCGAAGAAAAAUUAGACUACAUGUUGAAAUAGUGAAAAUAUUUCUGUCUGUCUGGUUCAUAAGCUAGCUAGAGAGUCGGAACAUUAGAUUAAUUGCUAGCGACUUAGCAUUUUUAGGGUAACUUAAUGAAAGGUAACUGUACCACCUCCCAGCACAGAUUUUUUUUUAUUUUAAGAGUGAGAUUAGUAGUUAACCACUGUGUGCUUUGCUGGCUAGCUUCUACUAGCUAGCAACGUCCUCAUUAGAGUGAAAAGAAAACAGGAAAUUAGUAGUUAUAUCUUCGUUAUCUUGUCUUCGGAUUAGGUCUAGAUAUUGCAAAAAAAGAAGAAAAAAAAUUUGAUACUAGUGCAGAAACAACCUGGAUUUAAAUGCCAUUGCCAAAGAAAAAAUAAGAUUUUUUUUUAAAGGCCAAUUUGGCUAAAUUUUGCAUUUUGCAAAAAUGUUUGACCAAAGCUAAACUGAUCGCUUCAGUUAGCAACGCUUUUGUUGCAUUACAACCAAAAAAACUUUUUAGGAUAUGACAUUCCGUAAAAGUUAAAUGUACGAUCUCGUAACAAAGAAAAAUGAGACUGCAUGUGUAAAUAUUAACUUUCUGACUGUUCGGCUUGUAAGCUAGCCAAAGGUUUAGGACACAAGCUAAAUUGCUAACAACUUAUCAGAGCAAACUCUAGUCUUGAGAGUGAUCACUGACUAAACUGGGUGCAGAUAGCCACAUGCUAACCACAAAAAACAGUUUGCAUCCAUGAAAGGUAAAUGUCCCGACAAAAUGUUUUAUAGGUAUUGAUAUUAAAAAUUAUGAGAGCGCAGUUUGUGAGAUAUGCUGCCUUCAGAUGGGGUCGUGGCAUCCAUGUUGCUGAUGCCCAGCUGCAGUAUUCUCACAACUCAGUCUCUUGAAUGCCAAGUUAUUUGUGUACACGACUUCCCACUUCGCUCGUAACCACGAACUCACGAGUUCCACGUAAAGGCAACAUUAGCCGGACAGUUGCUAGCAAACGUCUAGUAGCUCAAGUUAACAUUGAAAAUGCUAACUUCAGUUGGGUCCUCCUCAGUGUGAGGUCAUGGUUAUAUUUAUUGAGUAUUGUAAAUUUCUUUCUGUGCUCAGUUAUUGAUGUUUUCAAGUCAAUAUGCGACACAUUUUUUUAACCGUGGUCUUAAUUUUACGUCUUUUUUUAUUUUAUUUUUGUGUGUGAAAUGAAUCCGUGAAACAUCUUCCACGAAAACUCCCUGAAACUGCUGCUGAAUUAAAGUCGGAUUAAUGAAGAUCAAUGUUCCAUAAAGUUCCAUAAAAGUUACUGACGAGUGUUUCCUGAUGUUCCAUGUUUAUUAAAAGUUCAUUAAAAAGUUGACCUGAAGAAAAUGUCACAAUCAGACGGUUGCUUUGAUAAUAAAAGAUUUAUU